CUCUGGUGGAGAGGGUACGAGGGUCGGGCCUGUGGGACGGAGCGAGUUCUCUCGACGAGCCGGGUUCCGCUGGAGGCGGAAUCAGGGCAUGAAGCGCAGCCUCGGUCUUUCCCGGAACACAUCUCGACUCCUGCAUACUGUUAGCUGUUGCGGCGCAAGCGGCUUGUGUUUGUAUAUGAGGCCGCCGGUGUGAGGCCCGGCGCGGCCGGUAAACCAUGGAGCCUGGGGACUCUGCUCAGGGCGCCUCCGCUUGGCCCAAGGCCGCCGCAGGUCUCAGUGAAAGCAUUACAGAGUUUGAGAGCUCUGGCGAGUUAUCGUGUGUGAAUCAGGAGACAGUGGAAAAGCUGACAGAAGGAUUAAUAUCUCACUACCUCCCCGAUCUAAAGCAAUUGAAAAAUGCCCUGCAGGAACUGACACAGAAUCAGGUGGUAUUAUUGGACACCCUGGAGCAACAGAUUGCUAAAUUCCGUGAGUGUCAUUUGGUGCUGGAUAUUAAUGCACUAUUCACAGAGGCCAAAUGUUACCACGAUAAACUGGUGAACAUUCGCAGGGAAAUGGUCACGUUGCAUGAAAAGACAUCAAGACUAAAGAAACGAGCUUUAAAACUUCAGCAGCAGAGACGGAAGGAUGAGCUGGAACAUGAGCAGCGGCGGGAGAAGGAACUUGAGCGUGAGCGGCAGCUGAUUGCCAAACCUGCCAAGCUCGUCUAGGCAGCCAGUGUCACAGCUGCAAGAUUGAACAUGGACGAUGGAAUCUCUGCCAUUGGAAGACAUCACAAUCCGUGAUGGUUCGGAGCAGAGUGCUAUGAAUACUAACCUUCGGUUUAUCCGCCGUGAUUAACUCGGUACAAACUACUGGAAAUUGAAACGCACUUUUUAAGAAUGUGUGUCUAUAGGAGAUUUUCACCGGAGCUGCCAGUUGUGGCUACAAAGCUACGAUGUUUUAACCAGGGCUGGAAAUCCAGGUUCCACUGUAGGAGUGAGGUCUUGUACUGGUAUUGCAUGGCUAGCAUUGCCCUGAAACAGAACAUUGCUCAGGGAUUCUUCCAGGUUCAUUUGUUGUGAGGACUGGAAUCCUGUGAACACUUCCCUGACUGAGCUCUCUGCAGUAGACCAUUGCUUGUCACGGUCAAAAUAGGACAUAUAGUCGAGGAAAGCCAGACUAAAUUUGUUAUAUUAUGUUAGUUCUUAGUUGUAACAUGACGAACAAGGCUGCUGCAUCACCAUCACCAUCUUCCGGGAUAUUGAUUGGGCCUUGCAGAAUCCCAAGCUGGAUGAAAAUAUUUAAAGCAGUAAUUAAACUUUGUGAGUAAGGGGCUGGGUUUUGUUUGGAGAUUUUGCCCCAUCAUGAAGCACAGUUCCAAAUUUAAAUAAUGUGCUUGGCGAUUAGUUAUAAUGCAGGUUUGUGAGCUCAGGUAUUAGAUGCUUGUCGAUAUGAGGAAGGUGACCUUUCAGUGUCAGGGAGAACGGAUGCAGAGGUUUCACUUUGGACUAAACGAUUCACUGCUUUAUGCUCCCUGCUCAUUGUCACGUCUGUCUCCUAACUAAUAAAUUGUAAUGUUCUCA